CACUGCAAAAUUAAUUUGCAAGUUUUCUCUAAUCUUAAAGAUUCUCUUCUCCUCUCAAUCUCUCUUUCCUACCCGUUUGGUAAUCGUUAGGUGCAAUGCUAGAUUAAUCAUAAUCGCCAUUUAUUUAUAUUUUAUUUUAUCCAUUCCAAUCGCUUUCUCGAAUUUUUGCAUUAAAUUAUCAAUUUCUACAUUUUCUCCUGUUUUAAUUCGUGGGCUUUGGAGACGAGACGAGAAUUGCGUCGUGUAGUAUAUAAAGGUCAAAUAUUUGCUAUUUGCUCUGCCAUUGGAGUUGGAGACGUGUUCUAGUUCCAUUACUAGAUAUUCAAUUUUAAUUAAGAGUUGUUGAGUUCAGAACUGAAGAGGAAAUCGUAGAAAUGGCCAAGGAGGCAUCGAAUGGAAGCCAUAUAUCGACCAAGCCACCUCCUGAGCCUUCACCAUUGCGAAGAGCAAAAUUCUUUCAGGCAAACAUGAGAAUUCUGGUUACUGGUGGGGCUGGAUUCAUUGGCUCUCACUUAGUUGAUAAACUGAUGCAAAAUGAAAAGAAUGAGGUGAUUGUUGUGGAUAACUACUUCACUGGCUCAAAGGAUAACUUAAGCCAAUGGAUUGGCCAUCCAAGAUUUGAGCUUAUCCGACAUGAUGUGACAGAGCCUUUGUUAGUCGAAGUUGACCGGAUCUACCAUCUUGCUUGUCCUGCUUCACCAAUCUUCUACAAAUACAAUCCGGUGAAGACAAUAAAGACUAAUGUAAUCGGCACGCUGAACAUGUUGGGACUUGCCAAGCGAGUAGGAGCGAGGAUUUUGCUUACAUCAACCUCAGAGGUUUAUGGUGAUCCGCUCGUGCAUCCUCAGACGGAGGAUUACUGGGGCAACGUGAAUCCUAUAGGAGUCAGGAGUUGUUAUGAUGAGGGGAAAAGAGUAGCAGAGACUUUGAUGUACGAUUAUCAUAGGCAGCACGGAAUUGAAAUACGAAUUGCAAGAAUCUUCAAUACUUAUGGACCCCGUAUGAAUAUUGAUGAUGGUCGGGUUGUCAGCAACUUCUUAGCUCAAGCAAUACGUGACGAGCCAUUGACCGUUCAGCUGCCCGGAACACAAACUAGGAGUUUCUGUUAUGUUUCUGACAUGGUCGAUGGUCUUAUCCGGCUAAUGGAAGGAGAUCAUACAGGGCCAAUCAACAUCGGCAAUCCAGGUGAAUUCACAAUGCUCGAGCUUGCAGAGACCGUGAAGGAGAUGAUCAACAAGAAUGUGAAGAUCACAACAGUCGAGAACACCCCGGAUGACCCUCGCCAAAGAAAACCGGACAUAACAAAGGCGAAGGAGCUGUUAGGGUGGGAGCCCAAGAUCAAGCUCAACGGCGGCAUUCCCCUCAUGGAGGAGGAUUUUCGCAAGAGGCUUGGUAUUCCGAGGAAAUGAAUCCAGUUUUUCGAGGGUUGUUUACGUUUGAUCCCUGCUUUUUGUUUGCUGAAUUUUGUUGCGACAUUCUUGGUUUACCCCCUCGCAUGUGCUGCCCGAAAUCGUGACCUCGUGAAUCUAAGGUUAUCGAGCUGGUUUAGCCAUUCUUGUCUAUCCAUCAAUGUACUUUCUUGGAUCCAGUUUUUUUGGUAUCAAUAAAGUUUGAGUUUUUUA